UUGAAGAUGUCGUCCAGCCUUGAGAAACACUUGUUCAACCUUAAGUUUGCUGCAAAGGAGCUUUCGAGAAGUGCCAAGAAAUGUGAUAAAGAAGAAAAAACUGAGAAAGCUAAAAUCAAAAAGGCAAUUCAGAAAGGUAAUAUGGAAAUAGCAAAAAUACAUGCGGAAAAUGCAAUCCGACAAAAGAACCAGUCCAUUAACUUUUUGCGUAUGAGUGCCAGAGUGGAUGCUGUUGCAGCACGUGUGCAGAGUGCAGUUACAAUGGGCAAGGUAACCAAAUCUAUGGCAGGUGUUGUCAAAUCCAUGGACGUCACCUUGAAAAGCAUGAACCUAGAAAAGAUUUCUGCUCUAAUGGAUAAAUUUGAGCAUCAAUUUGAGACGUUAGAUGUACAAACCCAGCAAAUGGAGGACACAAUGAGCAGCACAACGACUCUAACUACACCACAGAAUGAAGUAGAUUCACUGCUACAUGAAAUGGCUGAUGAAGCUGGUCUUGAUUUGAACAUGCAGCUUCCAGAAGGCCAAAUGGGAUCGGUUGGUGCCAGUGUGGCAUCAGCAGAACAGGAUGACCUUUCCCAAAGGCUUUCGCGACUCCGAGAUCAGGUGUAAAGAAAUGGAGAGCUCUUGCCCCUGCACCCAUGUCCUAGAGUUACAGGUUAUAAGAUAAUCAAGAUUGAUUGAUAGAUAUUGGGUAGGAGACUGAUGGAACAGCCCCUAUGCUCCUCUUAGAAGUUCAGUCAAGGCUUCUGAUGUCCCUUCUGGAGCAGUUAUCGUGGAGUUAUCACCCUGGAUUGUGUAAUCAAGUUCUUGAAGUCCAUUGUGAACCUACAACUGUCUGAUGCAAGCAGUAGUGCUGCAGCUGUCAAGAUUGAGAGAUUUUACUGUGAAAGUUACACCAAUGGCAUACGCUGUUAACUGGUCCAGUAGCUUCAAACGAGGACUAGUAAAGUGGUUAAAGUCAAAGAAAUAGAUCUUGUUGUGUAAGAUGCAAUGAACUUUGUAAUGACUGCAUCUUACAGUUUGCCUUGCCAACAGCAUGUAUUGAAUAUUAAAAUUCAUAUUCUACCCAGUUGAUAAAAGUUAAAUGCUCCAGAGUUAAGUUGAAGUACUUGUUCAUUAACUGCUACCAAUCAAUAUCUCUGGCUCCAAAAAUUAAUUUAUUGCAAGUGAUCUUAAAACCAAUUUGAAAAUGUAACUUGUUUUUCUCAUUCCAGUCUUCCUUUCUUUCAUUUUAUUCUUCCUGUACCAUAUUUAACAUUAAAUCCACCAGUUUGAAUUCA